UGGAGUGAUCCCGCUGCAUUGAUUGCACUGCUACAUUUAUUCUAUCUCUGACCUGUAAAAUUCAGUCAGUUUGAUUCUUGGAGCACAUGCUAAGAUGUACUCUAUGUGGAUACAAUUUUGUUUGUACGACUUUGGGCAAAUGGCAGUCAUAGUCACAGCAUUGUGUUUGUUGGUCUUUUUUCUAUUGAAAAGGACAAGGGACUAUCAGUUAUUUUCAACGACGAGAAAUGUCAAUAAAACAACGUCAUCAAAGUACAAGUCUACUCCAGAAACCACAAAUCUUGCCCGGGUUGCAAGACUAAUCCUUGGUCCAUGCACAGAUCUGUUGCGUGAUAUUCUCAGAAGAAAAAUUCCACCGUCCAAUUUAUCAAAAACUGUCAAAACUUGGAUUGAUGAUCUAAAAAAGAAAAAACAGAAUAGUCCUCUAAAUAAACAACAAAUUGAUCUUAUCUUUCCCCUACCAAAUAAACAAUAUGGGGGAGAUUAUUCAGAUUUUGAUAUUACUUUGUUGUACAUUCUUCUACGUAACGUGUGUAAAAUAACUCCACACAUACAAGGUUGGGGAGAAAUUCCCGAUCCCUCAGACAAAAGUUUAUCUGCCAACACAGAAAGAAUCAGACUAUCUAGAAACAAGUACUAUGGACAUGCAGCAGAUUUCUCUCUUUCAGAUUCAGAUUUUAAACGGGAAUGGCAAAACAUUUACAAUAUUACUGUUGAGUUAGAGCAAAAUCUGGGGACUUCCACUGUUUACCAAGAUGCUGUGAACGAUAUAAAAACAUGUUCCAUGGAUCCGGAAAUAGAGGCCAAAUACAUUGAUAAGCUUUUACUUAUUGAUGAAUUGUGCAAAACGGUUAAAAGUCACACAGAUAAAAUCGAGGAACUACAGUAUGUUAUCCCGCCAAAUGUUAAGGAUCUUCAUGAAAGACAAUUAAAACAAUGGAGAGAAGAAGAUAAGGUUUACAGUGAAACUCACAAUUUCCAAGAAAUGCUGAACAAAGUCAGGAGACAACCUUAUAUGACAUUUGUUGGAGUCCAAGGGUCCGGAAAAUCAUCAACGAUUCAUCACAUAGCCCUUAUACUCCAGAAGGAAGAGUACGAGGUUGUACCAAUUAUAGACAUCAGGAAGAUUGAAGAUUAUUCUGACUCCCGUCAUCCUCAGGUUUUUGUCAUUGAUGAUGUGGUAGGUGUUUUAGGUCUGCAAAAACAAAAGUUAGAAUUAUUGAUAGACUAUGAAAAAAGAAUUUCAGAUCCUUCCAAUAGAAAUACAAAAGUAUUAAUGUCAUGCAGGGAAGCCGUGUUUAAUGAAUGUUACAAAUCAUUUUUUUUCUCAAAUGAAAAAAACACGAUUAAGAUGCAUAGUUCCGACAAUGCAUUGAAUGAUGAAGAUAAAAAAGCGAUCCUUCAGAAACAUGGGUUAGAAAGAGAUUUGUUGUCCCCUGCAUUACUGGGAGAAACAUUGGGUAUGUUUCCUCUGUUGUGUAAACUAUACUCUAAAGGGAAGAAAUUUAGUAACAAUGUUGAAAGGUUCUUUACAUGUCCAGCUGAAUGUAUUUUAGAACAAUUUAAUGAAAUGCAAAGGCAAAAUAGUUUAUGCUAUGCCACAUUGGUCUUGUGCAUGUUGAAUGAUAAUAAACUAUCAAAAGAAACAUUGAAAAACACAGGGAACAACGUUUUCCGGGAAAUGAAAUCAAAAGUACUAGAUAGUUGUGAAGUUGAAAGUUACACUGAUACAUUUAAAUUUGUAAAAGCAUUGGCAGCUAUGGAGGGAACAUACACAAAACUCUGUGGUACUGAGUAUACAUUUAUUCAUGACUCUUUAUUUGAAAACCUUGCAUAUCAUUUCGGUUCUCAGUUUCCAGAUCUUGUUUUGCAAUACAUAAGCAGUAAUUACAUUGCUAAUAAUGUUAAAGUACAAGAAUGUAAAAAAGAGUCAAAGGUUGAAGAUAAUCAUCAUGAGAAUGAAAAAAUCAGUUGUGAGGAGCAUGAAACAUUAAAAUGUGAAAGAAGCCAGGAUUCUUUUGAUCUCUGUCUUAGGUUAAGAGAGGAUCAGUAUCCAAUGUUAGCCGAGCGCUUGUACAGAGAUAUUGAAAAUAUGGAGCUGUAUGAUGUUUUUAUGAAUGAUGUUUUGAAACACCCCCGUAUUUGUCAGGCUUUUAUUGAGGUGUUAAAGACAAAGUCCUACAAAGAGCUAAAGUCUUUGUUUCUGUCAGAACAGAAAGACGUGUCCAAGGUAGUGAGUAAAGUAGCUGAUGGGUUGAGCUUGGAGUGGCGCAGACAGAAUGUGCUGCUGAAUGUGAGAGUUACAAGAAGUAAUCCAUACUGUGUGAGGGUUAUCAGUUGGGUGGUAUACUACGGCCACACUCCGAUCUUACAAUAUAUCUUAAAACAAACUGAUUUACACAAAGAAACAGAGAUUGAACUUUUUAGGAAUGUAUUUUGCUCAAAGGUAAUCUAUGAAGCACAAAUGAGUGGAUUUAACAAUAAAAUAGAUAAUGCAACGGACAAAUCAUGUUUAUGGAACUCCAUUAGCAAUACAAGAAAUCAAAAACAGAUUGUGUCCGAACAAGACCGCUUAUUUCUAUUGAGUUGUUAUAGUGGAGAUUUAGAGAUUGUCAGACUAUUAAUCAAAUAUGUCGAUAUACAAAAUAUAAAUAACAAUACGCAAUGUAUAUUUUAUAAUACACCACUGACAGCUGCGUGUGAGGGUGGACAUAUGAGUGUAGUGAAGGAGCUUUUAGAAGCCGGAUCUGAUAUCAAUCAGAAAGGUAAGUAUGAUUCGCCACUGACAGUAGCAUGUGAGGGUGGACAUUUUAGUUUAGUGAUGGAGUUAAUAGAAGCCGGAGCUGAUAUCAAUCAACAAGGGGGAUAUGAUAAUAAUACACCACUGACAGCAGCAUGUGAGGGUGGGUAUGUGAGAAUUGUAAAGGAGCUAAUAGAAAAGGGGGCAGAUAUUAAUCAACAGGGUGAGUAUAAUACACCUCUGACAGCAGCAUGUAUGUUUGGAUAUAUGAGUGUAGCGAAAGAGCUAAUAAAAGGUGGAGCAGAUGUCAAUCAACAAGGUAAGUAUCAUACACCUCUGACAGCAGCAUGUGAGGGUGGAUAUUUGAGAGUAGUGAAGGAGCUUAUAGAAGCUGGUGCUGAUAUCAAUCCUCAAGAUGGGUAUAAUACACCAUUGACAGCAGCAUGUGAGGGUGGAUAUUUGAGUGUAGUGAAGGAGCUAAUAGAAGCUGGAGCUGAUAUCAAUAAACAAAAUAAGUAUAAUACGCCACUAAUAGCAACAUGUGGAAAUGAACAUGUGAGUAUAGAAAAAGAUCUUAUAGAAGCUGGAGCUAUUAUCGGCCAUCAAGAAAACUAUAAUGCACCACUGACAGCAGCAUGUGAGGGUGGGCAUAUUAGUGUAGUGAAAGAGCUGAUAGAAGCAGGAGCUGAAAUCAAUCAACAAGGUAAAAAUGAUACUCCAUUGAUAGCAGCAUGUAAGGGUGGGCAUAUUAGCGUAGUUAAGAAGCUUAUAGAAGAAGGAGCUGAUAUCAAUCUGCAAGGUGUGUUUGAUACACCACUGACAGCAGCAUGUGAGAAUGGGUAUAUAGGUGUAGUGAAAGAGCUGAUAGAAGCAGGAGCUGAUAUCAAUCAGCAGGGUGAGAAUGAUACACCUCUGAUAGCAGCAUGUGAGGGUGGACAUAUGAGUGUAGUGAAAGAACUGAUAGAAGCAGGAGCUGAUAUUAAUCAACAAGAUUAUAUUGAUACAUCAUUGAUAGUAGCAUGUAAAAUCGGAGAUGUGAGUGUAGUGAAGGUGCUAAUUGAAGUCGGAGCGAAUAUCAAUCAGCAAAAUUGGUGUAAUACACCACUGACAGCAGCAUGUCAGGGUGGACAUAUUAGUGUAUUGAAGGAGCUUAUAGAAGCAGGAGCUGAUAUCAAUCAGGACGGUGAGUAUGAUACACCACUUACAGCAUCAUGUAAAGGUGGACAUAUAAGUGUAGUAAAGGAGCUUAUAGAAGCCGGAGCUGAUGUCAAUCUACAAAGUAAGAUUGAUACACCACUUAAAGCAGCAUGUAGGAUAGGGCAUAUAGUCGUAGUGAAGGAGCUAAUAGAUGCCGGAGCUGAUAUAAAUGCACAAAGUGAGGAUGAUACACCACUGAUAGCAGCGUGUGAGGGUGGAUAUAUGAAUAUAGUGAAGGUGCUUAUAGAAGCCGGAGCAGAUGUCAAUCAACAAGGUGAGUUUGAUACACCAUUGACAGUAACAUGUGAGGGUGGAUAUAUGAGUGUAGUGAAGGAGCUUAUAGAAGCCGGAGCUGAUGUUAAUCAACAAGGAGUAAUUAAUACACCACUGACAGCAGCAUAUGAAGGUGGACAUAUAAGUGUAGUGAAGGAGCUACUUAACGCAGGUGCUGAUACCAAUCAAAAAGGUAAGUUUGAUACACCAGUGACAGCAACAUGUAAGGAAUGA